GUUUAAAGGCUGGAGCUUUAAAAGAUGAGUAACAUGAAAUAAUGACUAAUUCAUCUGAUAAUAAUUCAUCUUAAUUUAUCACUUACUCCCAACUAAAAGACCUCUCAUGGCUCAUGUACAUGCAAAUUCAGAGGCUAAUUCAAACAACUAAACACAUAUGCUCAAGUACAAUUUUGAGUCGCUUCACUCGAGUAUUUCUAUUUUGUGCUUCUUUAAACUUUAGCUCCAUCACAUUUUUAAAGGGAAACAUUGUACUUUUUACUCCAAUGUGUUUUCAACCCAAAAUCUACAGUUAGUAGAUACUUUUUAGAGUAAAAUUUUACAUACAAACUAUAAAGUGUGAUGCAUUUAUGUAGAUUAAAUUGGCAAAAAGCAUGUAAAGCAACUGCAACAUUGCUUCUCACAUGAAUGCAUCAACAAUAAUAAGACAAUAUAAAACUGACAUGUUAUAUCACAUUCUGCCAAAUGAGUUUGUGGAUAUUUUUAUUGUCACGUAUUCAUACUUUUACUACAGUGAAUGAUCUGAAAACUUCCUCCACCACUGAUCAGUGUAAUUCAUACUUGGAAAAUGACUGUCCAGCUCGGACAAACAUAGACUGCUGAAGUGUCCUUGAGGAAACUCUCAGACCUGCAUGAAUUAUCACAGUUGCUCCUGAGAAACUGCUGACUGUACCGGGCAGCUCAGCUUACUGACAUGCCACAAGUCAGGCAUCAUCAUCCGGAUGAUAUAAUGAGGAAGAAUGCCUGCAGAAUGACCAAAACUAGCCCCGGAUUGACUUUUUCGCCCAGCUGUUGAAAUGAAACCGAUCCGCGUGUCCACGUGUUUGUGUCAUUUCCAUGUCAUUUGCAUAUGUAAACCGGCCUCGCCUAUCGCUCCGCGGCUGCACGGUGAGAGGAAGCCGAUUUGUCAGUCGGGGGCGUCUGAGGAGCAAAUGGGAGAGCCGGUCCUCGCUAAUCCCGCCCUCCCAGACACGUUGCCUUGGGAGAAGCAACACGGGCCGAUCGUUGGCUGUACCGACUCCCCACUCACACGCCGCACGUCCAGCACAUCAGCUGCUCCCUGCCGACAGUCCUGCUGGAUUUACCGCUCAGCGACGGGAGAGUUUAAACCAGCCGCUCCAUCCUGGGAAGGUCAGUGAUGGUCAGUGCUAGUUAGAGCCUGCAGCCGAGGAUGUCUGCUACGGAUUCGGACAACUCCAUUGACUGGCUGGCAAGUGACUAUGAGGACAAUGAGAGCGAACAGGAGUUUGACUGUACCAGAAAGCAGAGCCAGACAGAGGCUCUGGCAUCCCCCAGCACCCCCCCACACCUGGGCCCGUCUGACAGCAGCUGCCGCCGGAGCAGCGAGGUGAAGGAGGGCGACAGUAGCUGGAGCGAGGUCAGGGAGGCCUCCAGUCGGGGAUCUCCCCCCGGCUGCACAGAGACAUGGGACAGCACCAUUGGACUGUACAAAACACAACAAGGAGAAGAAACGAAUGGCAAAGACAGUCAGCAAGCACUGAAGAGACCUCGCAGCUCCGCAGCGGAGGAGUGCAAGGAACGGCAGCUCAUUUCCAGCGCGUCAGAGAAGAACCGAAAUCUCAGCCGUAAGUGCAUGGAGCUACAAUGCUACAUUCAUCCACUGUCAUCUAUCUUGAAUGGCCUUCGUUCAGGGAGAUACAGAGAACGACUCAGCAGUUUCCAGGAGAGUGUGGCCAUGGACAGGAUCCAGAGGAUCAUGGGUGUCCUGCAGAACCCCUGCAUGGGGGAGAAAUACGUUAAUAUCAUUCUUAAAAUGGAGGAAAUGCUGAAGAGCUGGUUCCCUAACAUAAAACUCCAAGACCAACUGGCUGUCACCCAGACAGAGGAAGCCGUUCCUACCAAGAAACCGAAGCUAUCUCCAGUGACCAUCACUGCAGCCAUGAGCCCUGUCACCAUCAGCGACCCUCCAGCCGGCGUCAAAGCCCUGAGAGUCACCGACCUCACUCCUACUGGAGCCUACUCCGCAAGUAACCUGAAAUGGCUCCACACUUCGCCCAUCUGCUCCCCUAUAGCGGAGCAGCCCCAGACUGGCCCCAGGCACUUGCUGUCCCCCAGAGUCAGAGACCUAACGCAGGACAACGCUGUGUCCUCCAGCACAGACAGCCACUCUAAGACAGACUCUGUGCCCAGAGGCCCUCCGCCGGGUAAAAUCAACGCGCCCUGUCUAGAGAGGCUCCUAAAGUCAACAGAAAGCAUCAUCACCCGCAAGGGGGCGGGCAGUUUGAUGGACAGCAGCUGGUCCUAGUCCACACAGAGGGCUGGGUGUCCAGCUGUAAGCACUGCACAGCGCAGCUUAGCCUUGCCCACCCUGCCAGGAGCCAGUCAGCUCGUUUAGCCCAUUCCAGCCUUCAGGGGAGACGGGAGCCCUCAUAAAGGACAUCACAGAUUCCUCUUUAAUGUGGAAGGAGUGUCGACGAACAUGUUGUGCACUCUACAUGGCAAUGUGCUCUCUCUGACAAGACAAGUGUCUGCUUUACUUCCCUUUUGUUGACUUAUCUCUGUUUUUUUUGUUUUUUUUCUGCGCUCUUGAAUAGCGCAUGUGAGAGUGGGAAGAUUUCACAUGCCGAGGCCACCGGAGCGAGUGAUUUCACAACUGAAUUGUUCCCCGCUGGCUUGUAGAUGCAAUAAUACAGUUUGAGUAUCUGUGAAACUGCCAUUAUGCCUGAAAGGGAAAGGAUUGCAGGAGUAGUCUGUGCUGGAAGGGAGUAUUUCAGAUAUCCAGACAUGUCAGUGGUCUACAUAUUGUUAUGCUGAAAAUGUGGGUGAAAUGUGAUGUUAUUUUCUCCCCCCAACCCCCCCCCCCCCCCAAUCCCCUCAUGACUCCACUCUUAAGUUUAUUGAUGUGACUGUUACUCAUUUGUAUACUUUAUAAAUAAGUCUUUUGGUACAACUGUUCUACCUCAGUGGGCACCACGUCGCAGUUCGUGAGUAGGAAUGUGAACGCUGCGCUCUAAGUGUGGACACCUCACCAGACCUGCAGUGAGCCAAACGGCCUCUGACAGCGAGGUCUGCAGUACGAGUCGUUCUGCUUGUACAAACAGAGGAUGCUCUCUCCGCGGGGACGCUCUCGUGGCCUGACUGGUGCCAUUGUAAAGAAUGUCAACUGCAGAUUUCUUUUUUUUUGAGUCUCCCAGUAGAAGGCAAACAGUGCCUGUAACAUCAAGCUGUGCCUGUAAGCCGGUUUGAUAAAGAGAGAGAACCGUUCAGAAUACCUGCUCCUCUGUGGGAUGUACAAAUCAGGAAUUCUCACUCUCCUGCCAUUUUCCUGUAUCGAGUAAAUUAUUCAGACCUUGCCAACUACUUUCUGUGGUGGAGUAGAACAAUUCUUUUAUUUUGCCACAGAACUGGACAGUAUGUUAGACCAGCAGAGAGGGACAAGGUAUUUCUCUGUGUAAAUCUUACAGAAAGGUUGUCAAUUUACCCUGAAAAAGUGGCCUUUAUAGUGUGAAAUUUUAUACUUUCAAAAUAAAUGUGGUUAUCUUUGUUUGA